AUUUGAUUUUUUUUUAAAAAAAAAUUCGGUUUAUGAAAUUCCCUGGUCGAAACUUCUGUUCCGGUUCAUAAUUAAGUAAUCAUAGCUGAAGGAUACAUUUUUACGGCUAACUGACACGUGUAUAAAUAAAUUGUUGUAGGCGGGAUAAUGAGUGGAAUUAAAUUAUUAUAUAAACUUGUAAUUAUGAAAUCUCAUAUCCAAAUUUUCUAACCAUCAUUUUUUGUUAAUUUUUUUUUUUACUAUAUAUAGCUUUGUGGUGAAUGAAUAUUUGAAGGCAAUGAAGAAAAUGGCAUGUGAGGUUCUUGAGAUGUUAGCCGAUGGACUUCAAAUUCAGCCAAGAAACACUUUUAGCAAACUUCUAAUGGAUGAAGAGAGUGACUCUAUUUUUAGGUUAAACCACUAUCCUCCAAGACCCGAUUAUCCAAACUCGAAAGACAUUAAUCUAAUCGGGUUUGGGGAGCACACUGACCCGCAGAUUAUAUCCGUUUUGAGGUCCAACAAUACUUCGGGCCUCCAAAUCUCGCUUAAGGACGGCAGUUGGAUUUCUGUCCCGCCAGACGAGAGUUCUUUCUUCAUCAAUGUUGGCGAUUCAUUGCAGGUAAUGACCAAUGGAAGGUUUAAGAGUGUAAGGCACAGGGUUUUGACCAACACCUCAAAAUCAAGGCUUUCAAUGAUUUAUUUUGGAGGACCACCUUUAAGUGAGAAAAUAGCUCCAUUGCCUUCAUUAAUGGAAGGCAGAGACAGCUUGUACAAGGAAUUUACAUGGUUUGAGUACAAAAAGUCUGCUUACAAAUCAAGGCUCUCUGAUAAUAGGCUGGGCCUCUUUGAAAAAUUAAAGCCUUAAUUAGGUUGUAUUUCUCUUAAUUAGGAAAAAUUAUGCGAGUUUCAUGUCUAAUUAAGGCUUGCUUGUGGGGGGUUCAAUUAGUAGCAUAUGUAUUAGAUUGAUCCAAGUGUUAUAUAGGGUGAUUAAAGUAUGUGUUUUGGUUUUGCAGUUUGUUGAUCACUUGUAAACUUUAUUAAUGUUAAUAAUACAUGAUAUAUAUUAUAUGAAUAGGGCUUG